UCCCUUCGCUGCGAGGGGCAAGAUGUCGAACGGCUAUUCUGCAGACAAGAGUUUCUGCUAUCUCAUCUCGUGUUUCAGGGCCAGAGUGAAAACGUACAUCCAGGUGGAGCCGGUGCUGGACUACCUGGACUUUCUGCCCAAUGACGUGAAGGAGCAGAUCCAGAGGACGGCGGUCAACGCUGGGAACAUGCAGGCGGCUGAUGAACUUCUGAACGCUUUGGAGAAGGGAGGCUGGCCCCCCGGCUGGCCUAGACAAUUUCUGGUGGCCCUUCAGAGAGCAGGCAGCGUUUUAGCCGCCCGCUACCUGAACCCAGAGCUCACCGACCUGCCUUCGCCAUCCUCCGAGAACGCUCAUGAUGAGUGUCUCCAAUUGCUGAACCUCCUCCAGCCCACCCUGGUGGACAGACUUCUGGUCAGAGAUGUCCUGGAUAAGUGUGUGGAGAAGAAACUGUUGACAAAUGAAGACCGUAAUCGGAUUUCUGCUGCAGAAAACAAUGGAAAUGAAUCAGGUGUGAGAGAGCUACUGAAAAGGAUCGUGCAGAAAGAAAAUUGGUUUUCUUCAUUUCUGGCUGCUCUAAGUGAAACGGAAAACCAUGCCCUUGUCCAAGAGCUAACGGGCACCCCUCAUUUUGAAAGUAAUGCAGAGACUGAGAAUUUAUCACAAGAAAGUGGCCCUGACAUUCAAGAGGCAGUUCUUUUAGCCACAGGUCCGCCAAGUCCCGAGGGAGCGGGCUGGGACGAGGACAGUGAUUCACCGGACUCGUCUUUGGUGGAUUCUUCUGUUGUCUCAGAAUCAGACACAAGUUUGGCAGAAGGAAGUGUCAGCUGCUUAGAUGAAAGUCUUGGACAUAACAGCAACAUGGGCAGUGAUUCAGGCACCAUGGGAAGUGAUUCAGAUGAAGAGAAUGUGGCAGAAAGAGCAUCUCCUGAGCCAGAAUUGAGCCUCAGGCCUUACCAAAUGGAAGUUGCCCAACCAGCCUUGGAGGGGAAAAAUAUCAUUAUAUGCCUACCUACAGGGAGUGGGAAAACCAGAGUGGCUGUUUACAUUGCCAAGGAGCACUUGGACAAGAAGAAAAAAGCAUCCGAACCUGGAAAAGUUAUAGUCCUUGUCAAUAAGGUGCCACUAGUUGAACAGCUCUUCCGCAAAGAGUUUGAACCAUUUUUGAAGAAAUGGUAUCAUACAAUUGGAUUAAGUGGUGAUACCCAAUUGAAAAUAUCAUUUCCAGAAGUUGUCAAAACCUAUGACGUUAUCAUUAGUACAGCUCAGAUCCUUGAAAACUCCCUUUCAAAUUCAGAAAAAGGAGAAGAUGAUGGUGUCCAGUUUUCAGACUUUUCCCUCAUCGUCAUUGAUGAAUGCCAUCACACCAACAAAGAAGCAGUCUAUAAUAACAUCAUGAGGCGUUACUUGAAACAGAAGUUGAAAAACAAUAAACUCAAGAAAGAAUGCAAACCAGUGAUUCCCCUACCUCAGAUACUAGGACUAACAGCUUCACCAGGUGUUGGAGGAGCCAAAAGGCAAGCUGAAGCCAAGGAUCAUAUUUUAAAAAUAUGUGCUAAUCUCGAUGCAUGUACCAUUAAAACUGUGAAAGAAAAUAUUCAUCAACUCAAAGACCAAAUAAAAGAGCCAUGCAAAAAGUUUGCAAUUGCAGAUGACACCAGAGAAGAUCCAUUUAAAGAUAAACUUUUAGAAAUAAUGAACAAGAUUCAAAGUUUUUGCCAAAUGAGUCCAAUGCCAGAUUUUGGAACUCAACCCUAUGAACAAUGGACCACUCAAAUGGAAAAAAAAGCUGCGCGAGAAGGAAAUCGCAAAGAACGGGUUUGUGCAGAGCAUUUGAGGAAGUACAACGAGGCCCUACAAAUUAAUGAUACAAUUCGAACGAUUGAUGCAUAUAAUCACCUUGAAACUUUCUAUAAUGAUGAGAAAGAAAAGAAAUAUGCAGUCCAAGAAGAUGAGAGUGAUGAGGACGGAGAUGGCGGUGGGGAUGAAGACGAAGACGAUGAAAAGAAACCUUUGAGCCUGGAUAAGACAGAUAGAUUUCUCAUGGAUUUAUUUUUCGAAAACAGGAGAAUGUUGAAAAAGCUGGCUGAAAACCCAAAACACGAAAAUGAAAAGCUGACCAAAUUAAGAAACACCAUUAUGGAACAAUAUACAAGGACUGAGGAAUCAGCCCGAGGAAUAAUUUUCACAAAAACACGACAGAGUGCAUAUGCCCUUUCCCAGUGGAUUACUGAAAAUAAAAAAUUUGCAGAAGUAGGAGUCAAAGCCCAUCAUCUGAUUGGAGCUGGACACAGCAGUGAGUUCAAGCCCAUGACACAGAAUGAACAAAAAGAAGUCAUUAGUAAAUUCCGCACAGGAAAAAUAAAUCUGCUUAUCGCUACCACAGUGGCAGAAGAAGGUCUGGAUAUUAAAGAAUGUAACAUCGUUAUCCGUUAUGGUCUCGUCACUAAUGAAAUAGCCAUGGUCCAGGCCCGUGGUCGAGCCAGAGCUGAUGAGAGCACUUACGUUUUGGUUGCGCACAGUAACUCAGGAGUUAUUGAACGUGAGAUAGUUAAUGAUUUCCGAGAGAAAAUGAUGUAUAAAGCUAUAGACCAUGUUCAAAAUAUGAACCCAGAGGAGUAUGCUCGUAAGAUUUUGGAAUUACAGAUGCAAAGUAUAAUGGAAAAGAAAAUGAAAAUCAAGAGAAGUAUUGCAAAGUGCUACAAGGAAAACCCAUCUUUAAUAAACUUCCUCUGCAAGAAUUGUGGUGAGCUAGCCUGCUCUGGAGAAGAUAUCCACGUCAUAGAGAAGAUGCACCACGUCAACAUGACACCAGUAUUCAAAGAACUCUACACUGUGAGAGAAAACAAAGCCCUACAAAAGAAAUUUGUAGACUAUCAAACAAAUGGCGAGAUUAUCUGCAAAACAUGUGGCCAAGCUUGGGGGACGAUGAUGGUGCACAAAGGCUUAGAUUUGCCUUGUCUCAAAAUAAAGAAUUUUGUAGUGUUUUUCAAAAAUAAUAUGCUAAAGAAACAGUACAAAAAGUGGGUAGAAUUACCUAUCACAUUUCCUGAUCUUGACUAUACACAAUAUUGUUUGUUUAGUGAUGAAGAUUGACAUUUAAUUUGAGAACCUUUAAAAAUAUUAUCAACUUAACAUUUAAUAUGAUACUGAUUAAUAUUUUUACUACUCCAGAACUGAUACGAGUAUUAAUAAAAUCAUUGCUUUACUCUGUCUUGAGCUGUGUAGAGGAAGACAAUAUAAUGUACUUUCAAGUAUCUAUCUUGUGGAUGGGCAGGGGUAAAGAAUACCCACCAGUAAUACUCAUUAAUGUGGAACAUUAUGGUAUGUGGAAAGAAUGCUGGAGCAUAAAUGAAGAUCCAAGGUAUCGCUAUCAGUCCUGUCAUUGAUCUUCAAAAUAAAAAUUAACUAAAUCAGUU